AUGGCAGAAAUGGCAGAGAUUAUAUUAGCACUAUUAGAGAUUAUACCUGAAUAUGUUCUUGUUAAUCUCUUGACUAUUGCAAUUAUGGGAGAUUCGUCCUAUAGUAAUUUUCGUAAAAAGAUUAUGUGGUUUCUUAGGUGUCUUAAAUGUUCUUUUGAUAGUCUCUUUCACUCCUUCAACAUUGAAG